CCGGGCCCGCCAUGGGCCGCCCCGAGCGGGGCGCGCUCCGGCCGCUAGCGAUGCUGUUGCUGCUGCUGCGGCUCCAGCAUCUCUCGGCGGCAGCGGCGGCGGCGGAUCUGCUGCGCGGCGGCCAAGGGCCAGUCAAAGAGUGCGAGGAGGACCAGUUCCGGUGCCGGAACGAGCGCUGCAUCCCUUCUGUGUGGAGAUGCGACGAAGACGACGAUUGUUCGGACAACAGUGACGAGGACGACUGCCCUAAGAAGACCUGUGCGGACAGCGACUUCACCUGUGACAAUGGCCACUGCAUCGCUGAGAGGUGGAAGUGUGACGGCGAGGAGGAGUGUCCCGACGGCUCCGACGAGUCCGAGGCCACUUGCACCAAGCAGGUGUGCCCGGCAGAGAAGCUGAGCUGUGGACCCACCAGCCACAAGUGUGUGCCUGCCUCAUGGCGAUGUGACGGGGAGAAGGACUGUGAGAGCGGAGCAGAUGAGGCCGGCUGUGCCACCCUGUGCGCCCCGCACGAGUUCCAGUGCAGCAACCGGUCGUGCCUGGCCGCCGUGUUCGUGUGCGACGGCGACGACGACUGCGGCGACGGCAGCGACGAGCGCGGCUGUGCCCACCCCGCCUGCGGGCCCCGCGAGUUCCGCUGCGGCGGCGACGGCGGCGCCUGCAUCCCCGAGCGCUGGGUCUGCGACCGCCAGCUGGACUGCGAGGACGGCUCGGACGAGGCCGCCGCGCGCUGCGGAAGGGCGGGCCCCGCCACUGCCGCGCCUGCCGCCUGCGCCGCCGCCGCCCAGUUCGCCUGCCGCAGCGGCGAGUGCGUGCACCUGGGCUGGCGCUGCGACGGCGACCGCGACUGCAAGGACAAGUCGGACGAGGCCGACUGCCCGCUGGGGACCUGCCGUGGGGAUGAGUUCCAGUGUAAGGACGGAUCCUGUGUGCCUGCCAUCAAGCGCUGCAACCAGGAGCUGGACUGUGCAGAUGGGAGCGAUGAGGCUGGCUGCCUGCAGGGGCUAAACGAGUGUCUGCACAACAAUGGAGGCUGCUCCCAUAUCUGCACUGACCUCAAGAUUGGCUUUGAGUGCACGUGCCCAGCGGGCUUCCGGCUCCUGGACCCGAAGACCUGUGGUGAUAUUGAUGAGUGUGAGGACCCAGACGCCUGCAGCCAGAUCUGCGUCAAUUACAAGGGCUACUUUAAGUGCGAGUGCCACCCUGGCUAUGAGAUGGACACGCUGACCAAGAACUGCAAAGCUGUCGCUGGCAGGAGCCCCUCCCUAAUCUUCACCAACCGGCACGAGGUGCGGAGGAUCGACCUGGUGAAGCGGGACUACUCGCGGCUCAUCCCCAUGCUCAAGAAUGUCGUAGCGCUGGACGUCGAGGUUGCCACAAAUCGCAUUUACUGGUGUGACCUCUCCUACCGCAAGAUCUACAGCGCCUACAUGGACAAGGCCAGCGACCCAGCGGAGCAGGAGGUCCUCAUCGACGAGCAGCUGCACUCUCCAGAGGGCCUGGCGGUGGACUGGGUCCACAAGCACAUCUACUGGACCGACUCGGGCAACAAGACCAUCUCAGUGGCCACGGUUGAUGGCGGCCGCAGAUGCACUCUCUUCAGCCGAGACCUGAGUGAACCCCGGGCCAUCACUGUCGACCCCCUGCGAGGGUUCAUGUAUUGGUCUGACUGGGGGUUCCAGGCCAAGAUUGAGAAGUCUGGACUCAACGGUGCAGAGCGGCAAACACUGGUGUCAGACAACAUUGAAUGGCCCAAUGGAAUCACCCUGGAUUUGCUGAGCCAGCGCCUGUACUGGGUCGACUCCAAGCUGCACCAACUAUCCAGCAUCGAUGUCAACGGAGGCAACAGGAAGAUGCUCAUUUCCUCCCCAGACUUCCUGAGCCACCCUUUUGGGAUCGCUGUGUUUGAGGACAGAGUGUUCUGGACAGACUUGGAGAAUGAAGCUAUUUUCAGUGCAAAUCGGCUCAAUGGCCUGGAAAUCUCCAUCCUGGCUGAGAACCUCAAUAACCCACACGACAUUGUCAUCUUCCAUGAGCUGAAGCAGCCACGAGCUGCAGACGCCUGCGAGCUGAGUGCCCAGCCCAAUGGAGGCUGUGAGUACCUGUGCCUUCCUGCUCCUCAGACCUCCAGCCACUCUCCCAAGUACACGUGUGCCUGUCCUGACACCAUGUGGCUGGGCCCAGACAUGAAGAGGUGCUACCGAGCACCUCCAUCUACCUCAACUACAACGUUAGCCUACACCGUGACAAGGAUGGGAGCUGCCACCACAAGAGUCGCUGAGACCACCACCUACAGCCCUGCCGAUUGGAACCACAGCAUGGAGACGCCAAGCCUGGUCUCAGGGGUCCCGAGCUCCCUCAGUGUGCCCAGGGCUCCCAGCAUCAGCCCCUCCACUGCAAGCCCUGCGACCAGCAACCACUCGCAGCACUAUGGGAACGAAGGUGGAAAGAUGGGUUCAACAGUCACUGCUGCUGUCAUUGGGAUCAUUGUGCCCAUGGCGGUAAUAGCCCUGCUGUGCAUGAGUGGCUACCUGAUCUGGAGAAACUGGAAGCGGAAGAACACCAAGAGCAUGAACUUUGACAACCCAGUGUACAGGAAAACAACAGAAGAAGAAGAUGAAGACGAGCUCCAUAUAGGGAGGACGGCUCAGAUUGGCCAUGUCUAUCCUGCGGCAAUCAGCAGCUUUGACCGCCCACUGUGGGCAGAGCCCUGUCUUGGGGAGACCAGAGAACUGGAAGACCCAGCCCCUGCCCUCAAGGAGCUUUUUGUCUUGCCGGGGGAACCAAGGUCACAGCUGCACCAACUCCCGAAGAACCCUCUUUCCGAGCUGCCUGUCGUCAAGUGCAAGCGAGUGGCAUUAAGCCUUGAAGAUGAUGGACUGCCCUGAGGAUGGGUCCGCCCUCUUCGUGCCUCAAGGAACUCAGUCCCAUGAACUACACUCUCUGGAUGGUGUAUGAAUGGAUGGAUGGUUUCUGCACAUGGGUCUGUGUGAAUGUGCGUGUGUGUGUAUGUGAUAUUUUUUUUUAAUUUAUGUUGCGGAAAGGUAACCACAAAGUUAUGAUGAACUGCAAACAUCCAAAGGAUGUGAGAGUUUUUAUAUGUAUAAUGUUUUAUACACUUUUUAACUGGUUGCACUACCCAUGAGGGACUCAUGGAAAGGCUACUGUUGAGUGUCUAACGUGAUGUACAUAACCAAGCUGAGGUUGGUGGGACAGUAGCUUACUUAUCAUUUAAAAACUGUAUUGACAGAGGAUGUUUGUUUCUUGGGGUUUUUCUUCUUCUUUUUUUUUAGGGUUUUGGUUUUUUUGUAAAUAAAAAUAAUUAUGCUUUGUGGCUAUCCAUCAACAUAAGUAAAAAAAAAAAAGGAUGAAAACACUCCAACCCCCUUCCUCAUUUAGAUUAUUUAUUAACAUAUUUCAAAAAUUAAGAUUAGUUCUAUAAACAAUUUAGAGAAGUGAGAGUAUUUAUUUUUGGUGUGCUUGGCUCUCCAC